AUGGAAAGCGUUCAGGACAGAAUGAAUAAGAAGUAUUCUAAUGCAGGAAGUGUACAACAAAAUUCAUAUUUAAUUUAUGAGUUUUCAACUGCUUCUGAGUGCNAUUCCGAGCAAGUCUACGCAGUUCUCAAUUCACAUCCAUUGAUUGCUGAUUUGGAAUUGGUACAUUCGGUUGCCUACGUCGUCAGUAGCGAAUUAUUGGAAAAGGAAGCGAUUUGGGAUUAUCUAGAUACACAUUUACACGAUUAUCUUCGUCCAAAGGACAUAAUUGUUGUGGAACAGAUCCCAAGAGAUGAUAACAACAACGUCAUUUUAGAUUUGCUCGCCCCGAACAAUUCAGCAAAGCAGCAGUCGAAGUGUCCAUUGGAGGGUGCUCUGAUCAAAAUAUUUUGUGAAAUUUUAGAUUUAAAAGACAGCACAGAAACUUCAAUGAAUGCAGAAACGGAUUUUUUUCAAGUCGGUGGUAACUCGCUGAAAGCUGGUCUUCUAGUCAACAAAAUCCGUAAAGAAUUUGGUAUAAGCAUAGCAAUAAUGAAAAUGUACAUAAACAGAACAAUUGGCUCACUUUGUACAUUGAUUCGCGAACAAGAUCCAAAUAUCGUUACAAAGUUGGCGAAACAACAGCAAGAACAAAAUGUUCCUGAAAAUGAUUCUCGAAAGAGAACGACACGUGCUGACGCCUACAAGUUGAGUCUUGAAGUUAAAUCCAAAAGCUCGACACGCUUGGCCGCACUAUUCGUUCAGUCGUUAUCGUUAAUUUUAUUAAGACCUGUUUGCAUCGCUCUGCACUGGUUUUCCUUUGUUGUUUUUCUAAUUCUAUACAGAAAAUAUUGGAAGGCAGUUGAACAAUGGAAACAGAUACUUUCGUUAGUACUCGCCAUACUUUCCGCCCGAUUGUUAUUAAAUCUCUUGGUGCUUCCCGGGACUUGUUUAUUGGUCAAAUGGCUUGUCAUAGGGAAAUAUCGGCGUGGACAUUAUCCGCUUUGGGGGCAAUACUAUCUUCGAUGGUGGUUUGUUGAUCAAACAAUCAAAGUGUUUGGAUUCGGUGCGUUUGAAUGGCAUGAGAGUCUCCGUAUUAUCUUUCUCAAACUAAUGGGUGCCAAGAUUGGCAAACAGGUGACGAUCGAUCCAAAUGCGCAGAUUAGAGAAUUCGAUUUGGUUAAAAUCAAAUCCAAUGUAAAGAUUCAACGAUGUAUAAUCAGUCCAUUUACACUUAGUACGGGUUAUAUGGUAUUAGCACCGAUUCAAAUCGGUCAUAAUUGCUCGAUCGGGUUGAACACACGACUUUCUCCAGGUGCUACCGUGCUAGAUGGUAUGCAGCUCGGACCAUUGUCAUCAUCACAUGAAAUGGAUUUUACAACUGCUAAUAAACAAGGGACAGUACCAUCUAAAGCAGUAACUUUACACUUUGCCAUUAAAUAUCUGUUCGGCUGGCCGGUGGUGUUGCUCGUCACAGUUCUGUCGUAUGCUCCUUGGAUUGGUGCGAUAUAUCUUUUAUCAGACCAAAUAUCUUCUCCUGAUCGAUCGAAUGAUUUUAUAUCGGUGGUUUACUUCUUCGCUGAUGGAAAACGUGUUGGAUUCCACCUACUAGCAGUCAUAGCACGAGAUAUCAUUCGCCCAUUUAUCUAUGUCGCUGGUUGCAUUCUUGUUAAACGGAUCAUUAUUGGUAAAUUUAGAGAACAGAGUCAAGUAGAGCAAAAACGUACAUUUAUGAUUAAUUUCAAGCAACAAAUAUAUCUUUUAAAACAUUGGCUAAUGAAAGAAUUGUUACCCGGUGGCGAUUUCAAUGGGCUUUCUCAUUUAAUAGGUACGCACUAUGAAUUGAUCAGUGUUAUCUAUCGUCUUCUCGGUGCUCGGAUUGGAAAACGUAUCUAUUGGCCUGGGUCCGGUUUGAACACGUACGAAUACGAUCUUCUCACCAUCGAAGACGACGUUGUUUUUGGUUCACGUUCUUACUUUCCAUGCUCAAAUGGUGACAAAACACAGAGUAACAAAAUUACCAUUCAAAGUGGCGCGAUGAUUGCUGAUCGAUGCGUUCUAUUGCCUGGUGUGAUUGUUGAAAGAAAUACGGUUAUGGGAAGUGGCAGUCUGGGAAAAGAAAACACGACCUAUCCGUCUGGUUCAAUAUGGAUCGGAUCGAAGGAAGGCAAUGCUGUAUUGUGGAGUCUUGGUAAUGAACAACGGUCGCAAAUGGAAACAGAAACGAUAACACCAUUCGGCAGAGCAUUCUAUAAACGCGAAAAAACUGGCUACUGGGUCAUACCACUCUGGUUACACAUCAUUUACAAUUUAAGUGUAAACAUCUUUCGAUCAAUGCUCUGGGCUUCACCGAUUAUCAUUAGUAUUCAAGUGAUUGCCUGCAUCUAUCGACAACUUUCACGAUUGUCGACGUCGACAAAUAUUGAGAUCGGUGUCUUCACCUACCUUCUACUUGUUAGUAUGCUCUCGCUGUUCCAUACAACAGUCGCAUUAUUAGCACUGUUCAUUGAGGUUCGAUGCAAAUGGUUAUUGUUUGGUCGACGCCGACAAGGUGAAUACAAUUGGAAUGAAUCAUCGUAUUGCCAACGGUGGCAACUGUACAUUGGAAUUCAACGUAUCAGACGCCGUAUUUUAGACGUAUUCUGCGGCUCGGCCUAUCUAUGUCUUUACUAUCGUUGCUUGGGUUCUCGUAUUGGCCACAAUGUUUGUCUGUAUCCAACCGGUGGUGAUCCAAUGAUGACGGAACCGGAUUUAGUGGUAAUAGGGGACGAUUGCUGUGUCGACGAUGCAUCUCUGAUUUGUCAUUUGAAUUCGAAAGGACGAUUCACAUUGAAUCCUUUAAUAGUCGGCAAUCGAUGUGUUCUCAGAUCGCAAAGUCGACUCCUAUCCGGUGCAACUAUGGAAGACGAUUCGACUCUGUUAGAGCAUACAUUGAUUCUUAGUGGUGACACAACAGACGAAGGAACAAUAUGGCAAGGAUGGCCAGCGGCAGAUGUGACGAAAGUCUUUCGCGGAAAACGAGUUUCAAUGCAGAUCGAACAUCGCCGUUCGAUGCGACGUCGUGAGAGUAUACUCAUUCAAAAACAUGAAAAGAAUGAUACUCCGCCAACAGUAUUAACAUUAGCACCCGAACAGAAUAUUUUCAAAACAAGAUUGUAA